AUGGCGGAGCAAGCACUUCCACCCGAAGGCUUCGCCGUCAAAGCGGUUGAGGAACCUCACGGAGAGGACCACGAGAAUCGAGAGAUCGACGAAUCCAGACACGAAAACAGCCGCAUGAUCGACUUCAUGCACGGCGAGGGCGUCUGCCAUUUCUUCCGGCUUCCGGCAGAGCUCCGAAACCAAGUCUAUGAGCUUGCGUUGGGCGUGCCAUUGACUGUCCUUAUCAAUGAAGAAUUCGGACACGCUAGGAAGUAUCCCUAUGAACAGAGGAAAUUGGUUACAAUCAGUCGUCAAGACGAAAAGCCAACCGUUGACUUACUUCUCAUCAGUCGUCAAGUCCACUACGAGGCCACUCCGAUAUUUUAUGGCCAGACCAAGUUCAAGACAUGGAUGUGCCUGGUUUCUAACUUCAUCUGUCAAAUCGGAACUUCUGUCAAAUACCUAAAGUCUUUGGAGACUUACCGCUUAGACGACUUCUACUGUGAAGGACCGAGCAUACUGAAGGCACCGUCACCUCAAUGGUCUCUGCAACUCGGGCUGGCACGGAAUUUACGCCACUUCAGCAUCGGAGGAAUGGAUGAUAAAUAUCUAAGCAGUAGACAUGACUUGGUCACUUUCCUGUACUACUUCUUUCAGCACUGGAUCAAAGCAAUCGGCGAGGAAAGCGGGAACAAGUUUGCUGCUUUGGAGUGCCUCAAAUUCACGUACUAUCACCAUGGACAAGACGCCGCCGAUAAACACAUGGAAUCAGACAUGGGUUUUCGCCAGAAAUUCAAAGACCUGAUCGACAGUCACCCGUUUGACGAUGAUCCACAUGAGCAGGAGCUCCCGUGA